GUGUAGUCCAGGGUAUACGCUGGUAUACGGCGUAUACCUACUUAUUUUUCAGUCAGCAUUGCGUAUACCCACUUCUAAAUCCCCCCUGAUGCGCAUCAUUCAGUAAUAUCUGUGAGUCAGAUUGCCUAUUUUCUUCCUCGGGGAUAGUGAAGCCAUGACCCACCCUCCUCUGCCUCUAAUUGGCUGGUACUCGCUGCUUUCACUGAUUAGAUUGGUUAACUUUAGGCAUGAGGACUGAUGAGCCAAUCAGAGGCAGAGUAGGGCGGGUCAUGCCGAGGAAAAUAUCGCUAAUACCUCAGGUGCCAGUGAAAAAAAAAAAAAAAACUCAGGUGCCGGUGCCACUUGACUACGAUAACGGCAGCAGACCAAACAACGGAUGAAGAAAGGACACAAGCGGCGGUGUGCCACCCCAGUUGAUGGAAGACAUCAUUCUGAGGGACAGGUAACCAUGAAAAGGAAGGGAGAUAUUGCAGACUUUUUUGUAAAGAGGCACAAAUCAGGCCCAGAUCAGGCCCAGGCAGACCCCACCCCUAAAACCAGCAGCCCUGGCAGCUCUCAACCGGGAGCUAGCCAGGCAAGUCAGUGUGAGCAUAGAGAAGGAUCCAGUCUACCACCACCAGACAUCAAUAAUGACUGGCCAGACCUGUGGAGUGCUAAACAAACAGAAGACUUCAAAUCCAAGAACCCCUGGUUGGGAUCCAAAAACAAAAAAUUGGGAUGUCUGGUCUGUAGCAGUGUGAACUCCAUUGGGAUCGACAAGGAGCAAGGACAAGGUGUAUCGCUCUCAAGAGAAUGGAUGAACUUUGAAAUUCAAGUGUCUGGCCAGGGAAGUAGAACAACAAGUUUGUCAAUCUUGAGAAAUAAGGUGAGGAAACAUGCGUUGUCCAAGGCCCACACUCAGGCUGUGAAGGUGGCAGAGCAACAGAAAGAAGCUGCCAUUGAGAAUGCAGUGGAGACUAUGACUGAGUCCUACAUGAAGGAAACUGAAGCUGUGUUUCGAACAGCCUACCAUCUGGCCAAAAAGAACCGACCCCUUUUCUGA